AUGAUCUAUGUUUUGGUGAUGUUUGUCUACCCUUCCUUCCAACUAACCAAAUCCCCUCCCCUGGGAAACUUUACUGAAAGGAGAUCUAGUACUGGCGCGAAGGCUGCCCUCUGCGCCUUCUAUGCCCGGGUUUUCUCCCACCAGCGGUUCCGCCUCGCUACCAACAUAUUCCUCACAUGCUUGGCGAUCCAGACCCCUUUGUUUGUGUUUUUGGUCAUGUUUCAGUGUAUCCCAAUCCAAGCAGUGUGGGACCGGUCGAUCCACGGCCACUGCCUCAAUAUAACGGCCAUUAGCUACGCGGGUGCGGCUGUCACCAUCAUCGAAGACCUCAUACUCAUCGCCAUGCCGAUUCCAGAGCUUAUGAAGCUGCAGCUUGGGUUGAAGAAGAAGCUGGCGGUCGUCUUUCUGUUUGGGUUUGGGUCAUUCGCCAUCAUUGCAAGCAUUAUACGGCUGAAAUACAUGGUCAUGUUUUCCCGUAGUUACGAUCCCACCUAUGACUUUUUCGAGGUCAACCUCUGGUCCGGUAUUGAAGUCAACACAGCCAUCAUCUGCGGCAGUCUUCCUGCGCUAUUUCCGCUACUUAAAAAGCUUCCGGGAUUUUUCAAGGCGCUCAAAAACACUUUGGGGGACGCCUGGAGGAAGAUUUGGAAUAUAUCGACACCGUCAACCGGAGCAAAGCAGACGCGGGGUGCCGGUACUUCGUCGUCCGAAGCACCAAAAGAAGACAGCCAUACAAGCACUAUUGUCUCUAUCGAGAGCCCUACUAAGACGGAAGCCUCUUUGGCAUCAAGUAGAGAGUUGCAGAAAUAG